UUCUUUCUCAUUUUGAGGGGAAAAUGGCAGCAGAGCUCGAGAAAUGCUGCAGAAUCCGGCACAUUGUGAGAUUACGGCAGAUGCUGAGGCGAUGGCGACAAAAAGCCGCAUCGGCUGCUCUGAAAUCGACCGGCCGCAGUAUCCCCUCUGACGUUCCCGCAGGACACGUGGCGGUUUGCGUCGGUUCGAGUUGCCGAAGGUUUGUGGUGAGGGCGACCUACCUGAACCAUCCGGUGUUCAAGAGACUGCUGGUGCAAACAGAAGAGGAGUACGGAUUCAUCAACCAGGGUCCCCUCGCCAUUCCAUGCGACGAGAAGCUCUUUGAAGAGAUCCUCCGAUUCCUCUCCCGCUCCGACUCGUUUGUUAACUCGGACCGUUUUGUAAAUCUCGAAGACUUUCAGACGUCCUGUCACGUAGGCAUCCGGAGUAAUCUCGAUUUCUGGCCUGAAUCUCGGCCGCUCCUCCGUGGAUUUACGGAUAAAACAAUCUUAUAAUUCAAGAAAGGGGGAUUCGAGAUUGAGUGAAUAUAAACUGAGUAAACCUUUCUCUUUUUGCCUUAUUUCUUCUUUUUCUGUUUGAGUCUGUGAUAGUUGAUGAAGGGCGAGUCUGUUUACCUCCGGAGAAUCUAGUGGAGAUGGCAAAGAGGUUCGCCGAGUCGUCCCGAGUUCGAAUCGGAGGUAGGAGUAAUGGAAUAACAAGCUUUAUAUUGAAGAAGAUGUAGGUUGAGAGAUUUCCGGUGAAGAAAGAAAAAGGGGA